CAGGAAGCUGAGCCGGCUCAGGGGCCCAGCCCUGAGCAAGCACAGGCCCCCAAGACACCCCGGGGAAAGGGCCCAGCUGGGCCAGCACAGCAGAGACCAUGGAAUCCAGAAACAAAAGGCAUCCUCCUGCCAUAUUUGAUUGGUUCUUCGAAGCAGCCUGCCCUGCCUCCCUGCAGGAGGAUCCCCCCAUCCUGCGACAUUUCCCCCCAGACUUCAGGGAGCAGGAAGCCAUGCAGAUGGUACCCAAGUUCUGUUUCCCUUUCGAUGUGGAAAGGAAGCCACCCAGCCCCGCGGUCCAACACUUCACCUUUGCCCUCACGGACCUAGAGGGUAACCGCAGAUUUGGUUUCUGCCGCCUGAGACCUGGUGCCCAGAGUUGUCUCUGUAUCCUCAGCCAACUGCCUUGGUUUGAAGUCUUUUACAAGUUACUCAACACCCUGGGGGACCUGCUGGCCCAGGAUCAAGUCUCAGAGGCAGAAGAACUUCUCCUGAACCUUCAGCAGCAGCAGCCCCCUCACAGACCCCAGCCUUCUAGGGGACCAGAGAUGGACCCCGGUGAGACCAUCUCCAGCCUGCACAGUGUUCUGCCUCCUGUCCUCAGGAACCACAAGCUGCUUUCCUGUUUUGUGGCUCCGGAUUCCGACUGUCUGCCAUCCAUUCCUGAGAAUAGGAAUCUAACGGAGCUGGUGGUGGCUGUGACAGACGAGAACAUCUUGGGGUUGUUCGCAGCGCUCCUGGCGGAGAGGAGAGUCCUCCUGACGGCCAGCAAGCUCAGCACGCUCACGUCCUGCGUCCACGCGUCCUGUGCGCUGCUGCACCCCAUGCGGUGGGAGCACGUGCUCAUCCCCACACUGCCCCCGCACCUGCUGGAUUACUGCUGCGCGCCUAUGCCCUACCUCAUUGGAGUCCACGCCAGUCUCGCAGAGAGAAUGUAUGACAAAGCCCUGGAGGAUGUCGUGGUGAUGAAUGUGGACACGAACACCCUGGAGACGCCCUUCGACGAUGUGCAGGCGCUGCCCCCAGAUGUGGUGUCCUUGCUGAGGCUUCGGUUAAGGAAGGUCGCGCUGAGCCCCGGGGAAGGAGUUUCUCGUCUCUUCCUUAAAGCCCAGGCCCUUCUCUUUGGGGGAUACCGGGAUGCCCUAGUCUGCAGCCCGGGACAGCCGGUAACCUUCAGUGAGGAAGCCUUCUUGGCCCAGAAGCCGGGGGGCCCUCUGCAAGCCUUCCACAGACGGGCAGUGCACCUGCAGCUGUUCAAACAGUUCAUUGAGACCCGGCUGCAGAAGCUCAACACAGGGGAAGGCUUCUCAGAUCAAUUUGAGCAAGAGAUUACCUGCUGUGGGACCUCCUCAGGUGUUCUUCGCUCCUACCAGCUCUGGGCAGACAACCUGAAGAAAGGUGGAGGUGCCCUCCUGCAUUCCGUGAAAGCCAGAACCCAACCAGCAGUCAGGAACAUCUACCGAUCUGCCAAGAGUGGCUUCAAGGGAGUUCAGAGCCUGCUGACAUACAAGGAUGGAGACUCCAGCCUGCAGAGAGGGGGCUCCCUGAGAACCCCUAGCUUUGCCAGCUGCUCAGAUCGCCUGCAACAACGUCUGCCUAUCACCCAGCAUUUUGGAAAGAGCAGACCACUACGCCCCAGCAGGAGACUUCGACUGGAAGAGGGACCUUCAGAAGACCCUGGGGAAAGGACCCCUCCCUUGAGUCCUGAAAACGUCCAGUGUCCAUGGGCAGAGGAAAUUCUAGACAGAAACUUUUUGGGGUCUGGAAAAGAACUGGAUUUGCUGAGUGAGAUCCUAGACAGCCUGAGUGUAGAAGGCAAGGGCGGCGGCAGGCUGAGGCCCAGCCAGAGUGUGGACUGCUGCCACGGAGGGCGGCUGGACAGCUGCUUCAGCCUGCCUGACAUGCCAGAAGGCUCACCAUGGCAACCAGAUGAGGACCAGAGAGCCCUGGAGCCCCAGCCCAGGUCCCUGCCUGCAACCCUGUCGCUGUUACAGCAUACCUCAUCUUCAGAUGCCCCAAGCUCUUCAAAGAACCCACAUUACUCCCAAGAAAUCAUCUCUCCAUCCCCAAACAAACGAAAGGACUGCAAGGCCCCUCCCACCAAAAUGGACCCUAAGUCCUUCAGGAGUCCUUGCUCCAGGGCCCCCACAGCACCCACCCAGCUCAGCCCACUGGAAAAGCCCCAAUGUCCAGCUCCCACAAAGACUAACUUUGACACUGCCCAGACAUUUCAGUCCCCUGAUCCUUCCACAGACCCAAGUUCUCUAGAGAACCCCACAAACCAGCCUUCCCAGGUUGUGCUACCUCAGGCUCACCUCCAGGCCCUUAGGGAGUUGGGAGCUCCCACUUCCCCAGGAACCAGGGACUGCCAAGUGCUCCAACCCAGGAGGUCCCGAGUCACUGAGCUUAAGAAAUGCUUUGAGAUUUAAAGGUCAGGGCUUGGAGGAGAUCCUAGCCCUCGA